AUGGUAGGUAACGGCGGCGGAAACCAAGUAGACGAGAGGAUAUUCAUGCAUCGAUUGAUUCGGCAAUCAUCCAAAUUGUGGAUCCUGUUGGCUAUUGCGAGUAGGAUCAAAGCCACUAUACACAUAGCUACCGGCGCGGCCAUCGCACACGAAGCCGGAACCGAUGCCACUCGAUUAGCUACCGCUGGAAUACACCAUCCAGAGUCGUGCGACUGGAAUACCGUGGAUCGCGUUGUGGCCUUCUUGGGUAUAGAUUCGAGUCCAAGCCCGACGGAGGAAUGUACCAGUGAAAUGGAAAGCUCGCGGAGAAAUGAUUUUUCAGAAGCUACAAACUUGAAUUCAAACAUAAGGACUAGCAUGUUAAUUCCGGAGGGAGGAAGCUUCUCACCGUCUGUGCAUCAUGUUGAUGACCAGGACCAGCAUACACCAUGGGUGGAUUGGUCCCAGCUCAAGGAGGGGGGAACUGAGCCAAACAGCGACUUGCACAGAACUGAUGCAGUAGGCAUUGGCAACGGAGAUGCUUACCAUGAACCCCCGAACCACUUUAAUGACAACAAGUUGUUUGGUUCAGCUAAGCACUUGGAUUUUGGAAAAAUUUCGAGCCGUCGAGCUAAAGAAGGAUUGACAAUGCUGGACUAUAAUAAUCAACAUAGUGAUUAUAAACAUCACACACAUCCAUCCUGGUAUCUUCCUUCUGGAAACGUGGAGUAUUCCUCUGGCUACUCGAGAUACCCUAGGGAAAACUUGAAUUAUUAUUCCAACUCUCCUUCUCUGGGAUUGAGCAAUCCUGUGUGGAACUCAAAAUAUUCUUCUGUCACUGGCGCAUAUCCAGAAAAUUUCAGAAAUGAAUUCAGCAGAAAGAUCAGAAGCCCAGAAGCAGGGAGAUUCUCUUGGUAA